CCAGUCCCAGUAUCACCUCUGCUCUAUCGACUAUCACAUCACAUCACAUUGCUUCACCCGUGUGUCGUUGUCGCCUCCGUCUCCGUCUCGGUUUCCGAAUCCAACAACUCUGCUUUGCUUGACUUGACAGUAGUUUGUUCUUUAAUUGAACACUUGGUCGGGGCUCAGUGUUCUGGGUUCGGUUUGAAUUAACAAAAAUAUCUUCAUUAUAGAUAUUUUUGUGAGUGCAAAGAUUUAAUUAGUUAACAUUUUUCUGAUAUUAUCGCAAUUAAGUCUAAUUUUUGAUAGAUGACCGCUGCGAAAAAAUCUUAUCACAAGUUCUCAUAACUCGUAACUCUGACGACAACAAUGGACAAGAACGAGAUUAAUGAAAAUAAUAAUUCAAGUCGCAUUCUUUGCGUUGGAAUGUGCGUACUUGAUAUUGUUCAUGUUUGUAGUAAAUUUCCCGAAGAAGACACCGAUCGUAGGUGUCUCAAAGGUUACUGGCAACGCGGUGGCAAUGCCUCGAACAACUGCACUGUUCUCCGAAAUCUCAAUGCCGAUUGUGAAUUCCUCGGAAUGCUGAGUGAAUCUCAAGCCUUUGGAUUUCUCAACGACGACUGUCGAAAGCGUGGAAUUCGAAUUGAGAAUUGUCCAAUCACCCCACAAGAUCCACCCUUCUCGUCGGUGGUCCUGAGUCAAGAAUCUGACUCCCGAACAAUUAUUCAUUCCAAUUCGAAUUUUCCGAUUCUGAAAUUCGAGCAUUUUGAUCGAGUCGAUUUGGCUGCUUACAGUUGGAUUCAUUUUGAAGGUCGAAAUCCAGAAGAGACGCUACAAAUGAUGCAAAAGAUUCAUGACUCCAAUCGCAGGACGCAGGGGCAAAGCAUUAAAAUCUCGGUUGAGCUUGAAAAGUUGAAGGGAGAACUCUUCGAUUUGGUUGGACAGAGUGAUUAUGUGUUUCUGGGUAAAGAACUGGCCUUGUUCAUGGGCUGGCAAAGUGGCCAAGAAGCUUUAGAUGGUGUACAAAAGAUGUGUCCGAAUCCAAAAGAGGGCAUAAUCUGUACUUGGGGUUCGAAGGGAUCAUUUUGCUUGAACGAAGCCGGUGAUUUACAUCACAUUGAACCCUGUCCGCCGGCUGGGAAAAUAGUCGAUGCUUUGGGAGCUGGAGAUACCUACUGUGCAGCUGUCAUUUAUGGUUUGGACCGAAUGAAACUUAGUUUGGAAAAAGCCGUGGAGCUAGGCAAUCGGGUGGCUGGCUUCAAGUUAGGACAUUGUGGUUAUGAUGCUAUACGAGAAAUUGAGCCUGAAAAAAUGUUGAAAAUAAAUUAGUUUAAAAAUUA